CUUCGCUUGGAUUUCCACACGGAUUCAUUCAAACGGCGCACCGUCUCCAGUAUAACUUUUGUUUAGACAGAUGUUGGCAGUCCUACGCUAUGCUGUUCUUACACACAGGGUCUUUCUGGAGCUGCUCUUCAGUAUCGCCUCACUGUAAGAAUGGCAGAAGAACCCUGAAGUGGCUGCUGGGAAAUGUAGUGCAAAGAGCCAACCUCAAAAUCUCCUCAGCUGUCGGGAGAGUCGCUCCUGUUUUCUCCAGAGCUUCUGCAUACGGAGACAAUGUGGCCAUUACGGAUCACAGCGGGAGCCACACGUACAGCUCCCUCUACAAAAACAGCAAAAGCCUGGCGGGACUCAUUACCAAAGCGCUCGCCUGUCAAUCAGGAGACCUGCAGGGCAAGCGUAUCUCAUUCCUGUGCGCCAACGACGCAUCCUACACUGUGGCGCAGUGGGCGUCCUGGAUGUGCGGCGGCAUAGCUGUGCCCCUCUACAGGAAGCAUCCUCCGAAUGAGCUGGAAUAUGUCAUCUCAGACUCCCAGAGCUCGCUGCUGGUAGCCGGACAGCCUUUUACGGAUACCCUUGAGCCCUUGGCCCAGAAACUAGGGCUGCCCUGCCUACAGCUUCCCACCACGUCCAGCCUAGAUGCUCUACAGUUGGAGGAGGUGCAGAUGCUGCCCGAGGAGAACGUCUCAGACUGGGCAGAGAGGCCAGCCAUGCUCAUCUACACCAGCGGCACCACGGGUCGACCCAAAGGAGCGCUGCACACCCACAGCAGCCUGCAGGCCAUGAUUCAGGGUUUGGUCUCCGAGUGGGCCUGGAGUAGAGAUGAUGUCAUCCUGCACACGCUGCCCCUCCACCAUGUGCAUGGCAUCGUCAACAAGCUGAUGUGUCCACUCUGGGUGGGAGCGACCUGCGUCAUGCUGCCAGAGUUCAGCGCUCAGAAGGUUUGGGAGCAGUUGAUUGCUUCAAAGUCCCCCAUGGUGAAUGUGUUCAUGGCAGUUCCCACCAUCUACUCAAAACUCAUUGAAUAUUACGACCAACAUUUUACUCAACCUCGAGUUCAAGACUUCAUCAGGGCUGUGUGCAAAGAGAGAAUACGGUUGAUGGUAUCUGGUUCCGCUGCUCUUCCGCAGCCCGUCCUGGAGCGCUGGGCAGAGAUCACGGGUCAUGUGCUGCUGGAGCGCUAUGGCAUGACUGAGAUUGGCAUGGCGCUAUCAAACCCACUUAAGGGACCACGUGUACCCGGUGCUGUUGGAGUACCUCUGCCAGGAGUGGAAGUGCGUAUCAUGAUGACAAACACCACCAGCACUGUGAUUGCUGAGGGCAACAGAAAGGGAACCCAGGUGAAGGCUGGUUUGGAGGGGAAGGAGGGCGAACUGUUGGUUCGAGGUUCUUCUGUCUUUCAGAAGUACUGGAACAAACCUCAGGAGACAGCAGACACCUUCACUGAGGACGGCUGGUUCAAAACUGGUGACACCGCUCUCUACAGAGAUGGCGUGUACUGGAUCUUGGGUCGCUCAUCAGUGGACAUCAUCAAGAGCGGAGGAUACAAGAUCAGUGCGCUAGACGUGGAGAGACAUCUCCUAGCCCACCCAGAUAUCACAGAUGUGGCUGUGAUUGGUGCUCCAGACGCCGUCUGGGGUCAGAAGGUCACUGCAGUUGUGCAGCUGAAGAAGGGGAAGACCAUGACUCUGUCACAGCUGAAGGCCUGGGCCAGAGAGCACAUGGCUCCAUACACCAUUCCCACAGGGCUGAUCCUGGUGGAAAACAUGCCCAGAAACCAGAUGGGCAAGGUGAAUAAGAAGGACCUUCUACGCCAGUUUUUCCCUGCUCAAUCUGACUGAACCGUGUCUGAUCCAAGAUCAGUCUUCAGGGAGAUGGGAGUCAUUACCACAGACUGGAAAACUGUAUCCAGAUCAGAUCUUUGAAAUGAAAAGUGAAUGUGAAGUCUCCUCACUGGACAGUAGAGGGCAGCACGAGUGAUUAGACUUAGCCAUAAUGCCAAGUACUGUAUUGUUUUUAAUAUGUUUGAUUUUUUGGUGUUUAUGUAGCAGGGAAUAGAAUGAAAUCUUAAAAAAUGUGUGUUUUAAAUUAAGACAGUGGUAAUAAACUGACUUGACUAUUGUCUGUCUAUUUAAAAUGAAGAAAUUAAAUGUUUUUUGUAAUGAAAUUUUGAAAUAAACUAAUUUAUUUUGAUCA